AUUCCCUCUGAUGACACAAACGGCCCCUCAUCGCAGCCUUAUCGACCAAAGAUUCGACGGCUCAUCUACGGAGACUUGCAUUCUUCAUCGAAUUGCGCAGAUCCAGCUUAUUAAAGAUGUCCUGGAACGACGCGAUCUUCUUGCUUUAGCGCACUUGGGUACAGCAAAUACGCUUCACCCUCUCUGUGCUUGCUCUAUGCUGUGACAUAGGCUCAGAGAACGUUGUGCACCUCACUAGGCUCCUGGGAUUGUCGCUCCCCUUGCACUGGCACAACUUUUCUACGUUUGAUGACAACGGGCACUUGGAUGCUCUGGGUUCUCGGCGGCCAGGGCUCACAUACACAAUGCCCUCGUAGCAUGAUUGCUUCUCAAGGACAGCCGUUGACCAUCUUCUUUCAAAUAUAGGGCAGUAUCUGGAUCUCUGAUACCGAUGAAACAGGAUACCCAAGCAGUUGCAGAGUAACCAGUGACCUUGCAAGGUGUGUCUAUAAAACCGUUCCCAUCGUCUGACCAAAGCUUGCUUCAUCGAGACUCCAUUGAUUGAGACAGCCUUCGCGUUAUCAUGGGCGACGCAGUCCAGGGUUUACCCAAUUUAUCUAGUAAACCGUCUUGCGUCGACAAUCAACUCAGGCGUAAUACUCAUGGCCCGGGACAACGGUAUAUCAGCCCCACCUCCGGUCUAUGUCGCAAGCUUCGCAUUCAGGCUGUUAAUCCGCAAAAGGGCCAAGAAGUCCCCAUCACUGACGGUUCUGAAAAAUCGGGCAAGCUUGCGGUCUGGCUCGUCAAGAACUUCCCUCCGUCCCCAGGCAAAAUUCUAGAGUGGAUCCUCAAGUGGUUCUGGUUCACGUUUGCACUCCUCUGGUCCCUUGGUCAUGAUCAGGCCUCGUACACUGGCCGUUACAAACCCUAUCGUCAUCGGUUUUGGGGCCAAAUGUGGUCCGCUCGCUCGUCACGAGAAUACGCGUUGCGCAGCAUGGCCUUGAAAGGCCACAGGAUGCCUAUAAAACCUAGGGAGAAAUGCGAUCUGCACAGUAUCACCCAUGCUCUCCACCCCCGGCAGCUCGUCGUGUACGACCGAGCACGCAGCCUCUGGUACAAGACCGACGACGCUGCCGAGAUCGUCCGCCAUCCUUAUAUCGCCAUUUCAUAUCGUCAGUCUGACGUCUUCACUCGUGGUCGAGAUGAGGAAGGACGAAGGCGAGAGAAAGAGCAAAGAGAGGAAUUUUCUCGGACGAUUCAGAAGGCUACCAUGGCCCAACGUCUCGACGCAUACUGGCUCGAUCUUGAAUGCAUUGGAUCGACUCUAGAGGAAAAGAACAUAGAUCUCUAUCGUAUGGCCGACAUCUACCGUGGCGCUCAGCUGACGCUUAUCACCAUGCCUCAAUCCGCAGGAGACAAUCAGGAAAACUGGAAGGCAAGGUGGGAAAGUUGGGGAGGUCGAGUUUGGACUUUGCCCGAGGCACUUCUCAGCGACAAGCUCGCAUACAUGAUUGGUAAUGGGCCUAUCCGCGAGGUUACCCUCCAUCAGCUUGCUAAUUGGGCUUACAAUCGAUACGACGAAGAAACUGCCAUUAUCAACGCAUACAAUGGGAAGGAUCCGCUCGAGAGGCUCGAACGUCUAUCCCUUCUCAAAUCUGCCAUUUGGCGUCGCGCCAGCACCUCUGUUCCUGACGCCCCUACUCCUUCAUCUGAAUUAACUCAGGUGGCUGUUACUGCAGCCCAAUGUUAUACAGUCCCCUCCUUUCUCCAACAGAAUGGCGAGAUCACCCCCGGCUUGCCUAGCGAGGCAUACCCUGCUGAGCGGGUAUACGCUCUGAUGGGCUUUUUCGAGCACCGCAUCCUACCCAAUCCUAUUGAGACCGAGCUUCAAGCUCUCGCUCGUCUCUCAAUGGCCAAUGACAGCGACCGAAUCGCAGAGAGGAUGGUUUCUCUUCUCCCUCAUUCCAUCCCGCCCACUGCAUGUUGGUACUCCGAUGAGGACGCGUACGGUGCGAAUUUAUGGGACAUUGAACCUCAGGUACAGGUGGCCGGCUUGACAAAGAACGGAGCGCUCGUCCUCGACGGAUGUGUUGCAGCCGCCAUUCGGUGGAAGAACUUCCCGGAUAUCGCCUUCGAACGAAACCCCUCUGUCAGACGCGCUGUUUCUGGCGCCCUGCCUUAUCUCUUUUGGGGAAUAAAUAUCUUGGGCAUUUUCUUGAUUAACCUCUCCCGGGCAGAAGGUAUAUUCAUCAUUAUCGUCGCAAUCGUUCUCCUGUUUGCUGCGCCCUUUCUUAUUGGUUACAGUGAAUCUGGCCGCAUCCUCUACGCACAGCCGUGGCUAAUCGGAGUGAAAGGUGUCCUCACCACCGAACAGGUGUCUGAGCGCCUCUUUGGCGGCGCAAUUACCAGCUUUCCACGCACGUUCUACACACCGAGCGGCUCACUCUGGUCAAUCCCGGGCGAGCUCGAGCACCGCAUGGGUGACGGCGAACAAGCGACGCUGGCCUUGCUCGCCGACAACGAGGGCGAGUGGAGAGGCCACAUGUACACGCUUGUCGACACGCUGUCAUGUACGAUCUACUACUUCAGAGCCGAACGGCCCCCGACGGUGGCUGUCUUCACGGGCACCGAGGGCGGGAUGGGCAGGUUCGUGCUUUGCUCGGAGACCUGCGCAAUCAAUGAGCUGCACAAGGAAACGGUCUUAAGGAUGCCGUCACACAUCCACAAAGCGAUGCUCCCGUGCGAUUGGAUUGCGAUUGGCGGACUGGAAACUGAGCCUUAGAAGGGCCUGUGAGAACACGUCACCGUGGCUUGCGAUGAGGUUGAUACCAGCCGAUAACCACCUGUGUCCACCCUCGAUUUUCCCGGUUUGCUUAUUUCCGCUCUUUUGGAUCUUCCGUCAUCCUGC